AGUUUAGUUGCCGCGAUCACUUUGAAAAUAACAGACACACGAAAGAGAGUAGAUUUUAAAAAUAAUGCAACUGCAUUUUGGUAUAUUUUGGCUCUUCACAGCGCUGCUCUGUCUUGGUGGCAUUGGUAUUGGCAAUCAUGGAAUGCUGGCAGAUGCUUGGGUGGCGCUCGGCAAUUAUCACAACGAUGCGCAUCCCGGCAAAUGCGCCAUCAGCGAUACGCUGAUCAUCUCCCCUGGUGAGACUACGAAAUCGCCCACUACAUGCGCUAAAAUUCACUGCGACAAUGCAAAUGGUGAUGCCAGUAUUUAUGGCUGCGGCUCAGAGGGCGCUCCAGAUGGCUGCAAGUGGGGUGACUAUGUAAACGAGCAUGCACCCUUUCAGGAGUGCUGUGCUCAAUAUCUGAUCUGUGAUGGUGGUUUGAAUACUGAGACCCUAGAUUAUCAGCAACACAUUUGGGCAACGUUUUCAGCCAACUUGAGAAAUGCCGGUAAUAAGAAUGCGGUGGAAACAAAGGAAUAGGAAAUGAAGGAAUAUCAUUUGGAGAAUAUUAGAAGACAAGAGAACCAAAUAUCUAAAAAUUGUAACAGCCAUAAAGGACUGAUAAGAUUAAUAUUGUUGUUGUUAAAAAAUGUGUAAUUUUUUUUCUAAUCUCUUCUCACAGAAAUUUAAUUUAAUAAUAUUUAAUUCAUUUAGUAUAAAAUAAUAUAAAUAUUUAAUAAUUUAUUUAAUAUUUUUCCACAGUGAUAGUUUAAAAUUUAAUAUUAUUAUAGAAAAAUUAGAA